CAUGUCAAGCAAAUACUUUGGCAUCUUUCAUGCAUUCUUUUUUUUGCAUGCGUUGAAUGUUUAAUUUGCAAUAGAGAGCAAUUGUAAUUGUGCUGUAUUUAUUUAAGACAUGUCAAACACUUAAAAUGUCCUUAAAAUUACAGUUAGGAGCUACGUGUCUGUCACUUGCAUUCUUUAUUAUUUUUUUCUAAAGAUUAAAUGAAAAUACUGAAUAAAGUGAAACUUUUGAUCUUAUUUACUAGAAUCACUUUUAGACCAAUAAGCUUACAUUUUGGUUUAAUAAAUAAAUACACUGAAAGAACGUGAAUUACCAGUUAGAAUUCAAGUUAAAAUUAAAGAGGCAUUUGUGACAAAAAAUGAGCUCAAACGGUGCAACAUGGAGGCCACGUGUGUCUGAAGUGCUUAUGUGCAUGAAUGUGGUGUUACUCUUCAGCUUUGUAGGCAGACACAUGCUCCGGAUGGACAGCGCCUCCAGCUCCGGGGUGGUGGUGGAUGACAGCCCUACGUCCAGCCCGAGCUCCAGUCCCAGUCCGGACGGGCGUCGCCGGGAGCUCCAGCGGGCCGGCAGGGUGUUGCAGAGCGGCGGUCUCGGCGGCAGAGGACGGCCGGCAGCAGCCAACGCGGCGCGGGAGAGGAGCCGCGUGCAGACCCUGAGGACCGCGUUCCUGGAGCUCCAGAGGACUUUGCCGUCCGUGCCACCAGACACCAAGCUGUCCAAACUAGACGUGUUGAUACUGGCCACCACCUAUAUUGCCCAUUUGACUCGAACACUGCAGGAGGAAGGAGCAGAGGAGGGAGAGAGUGCAAAACAAACAGAAGCGUUACACUCUUUAAAGGGAGAAGGCUACCUGCACCCUGUCAAGAAAUGGCCUAUGCGAUCCAGACUCUACGUUGGAGCAUCUGGACAGUUCCUCAACACAAGUCCUUCAGAGUCAGAGAACCAAGGCCCUUCAUCCUCCAGCUCUCAGUAACAACAGGCUCUCAUCAUUUGUAUGACAUGAUUUUCUAUUUGCAUGAGUCCAUGCUGUGUACUGUUGCCUUAUGAUUGUAGAACAAUUAGACAAUGUGACUUCCACUAAAGCCCUGGCAAAAGGAAGACGUUGUAAAUUAAUAUAUUAAUUUUAUUGUAAAGAUUUUGAGGAUGUUUCUCUGUUGUUGUUUUGGGUCAAUCCUUGUUUGCCCUGCAUUGUGCAGCUCCAUACAUGUCCCAGGUAUGAUAUUUGUAAAUUCCACGGGCUAACGAGCCCGUCAUGCUUGAGGUGUGCACUUUGAGUUGAGACUUUUUGCACUAAAUGCAUGUGUGAAUAACUCGACAUCUGUCAUGUGAAGUGGUCUGUCAAAGAGUCAACAAUGGAGGCUCUCGGUCUCAUGUUCCUCCG